AUGUAUUUCUUCCUCCAGAAUUUCUCCUUCUUAGAAAUUAUAUUCAUUAGUGUUUCUAUCCCCAGAUUUUUGGCAUCAAUAAUUACUAAACUGAGGACCAUUUCCUAUAACAAUUGCUUAGCUCAGUUAUAUUUCUUCAUCUCCAUGGGUGUGUCUGAGUUUUUCCUUCUAACUGCUAUGUCUUAUGAUCGCUACGUUGCUAUCUGCAAGCCUCUGCAUUACACCAUCAUCAUGAACAAGAAGCUUUGCUCCCUUCUGGUCCUCACUUCCUGGCUGGCAGGCUUUCUGACUAUCUUUCCACCACUCAUGCUCAUCCUCAGCCUGGAUUUCUGUGCUUCCAAUGUCAUUGAUCACUUCUCCUGUGAUUACUUCCCCAUUUUACAGCUCUCAUGCUCUGAUACGUGGCUUUUGGAGAGGAUUGGCUUCUACUUUGCCUUUGUUACUCUGCUGCUCACCUUGGCACUGGUGAUUCUGUCCUACAGCUGCAUCAUCAGCACCAUUCUGAGAAUCCCAUCUGCCAGACAGAGGAAGAAGGCCUUCUCCACCUGUUCUUCUCACAUCAUUGUCAUCUCCAUUUCUUUGGAAGUUGCAAACUCACCUAUGUCAAACCUUCUGCAUCACUAA